GUAGGCGUCUCAUCCUACGCUCAAGUUUGGAGGAUCCGGAGUUCGCGCCUUCGCUAUCUACCCGAUGCUGUUCCGUAUGCUGUGUGUGUGAGUGUGAUUCCGCCAAGUGGCGAUGUAAUAAUGAGUAAACCCCUCUUGUACUCUCUUUUGUUCGUGUAUGACUUGUAUAACAGCUGAAAUUCGGGUAAUUCGAAUUGACUCCUUCGCGCGUUAAUUCGUUUUACAAUUCGAAUCUGGGGAUUUUCCUUCGUGGAAAUCUAGAUCGUUUCAACCCCCGCUACGGCGGCUUCGUCGUCGAUAGCAUCAUAGAACACCUGGUGGACGCCGCGUCGGAGGCCCUCGCGGGGCUCAUCGGACGCCAGUCUGCCGCCGGCCGGCCAGUGUCGUGCGUCGUGGCCAGCGCCUUCGUGCCAUGGGCUGUCCGUGUCGCCAGCGGCAUGGGCAUCCCGCAGGCGCUGCUGUGGACGGAGUCCUGCGCCGUCCUCUCUCUCUUCUUCUACCAGCACUUCCACUCGCUCCCGGAGUUCCCGUCCGACGAGGCCGCGCCGGUCGUCGUCCCUGGGCUGCCGCCGAUGGCCGCCGGCGACUUGCCAAGCCUGAUCCGCGCGCCCGAGCAGUUCAUCUGGCGCCAGGUGCUCGUCGCGGACCUCCGCAGCCUCCGCGAGACGGUAUCCUGGCUUCUCGUCAACACGUUCGACGAGCUGGAGCGGCCGGCCAUCCAGACGCUCCGUUCGCGUCUGGGUCGACUGGCGGUCACGCCGGUCGGCCCGCUCCUGGAGACGGCGGAGGAGGAUGAGCAUCACGGCGGCCACGCUGGCGACGACUGCAUGGCGUGGCUCGACGCGCAGCCGCGGCGAUCCGUGGUGUUCGUGGCGUUCGGGAGCAUCAUGAAGCUUGGCCGCGACGAGAUGGCCGAGCUCGCGGCGGGCCUCGCGGCCACGGGGCGGCCGUUCCUGCUGGUGGUGCGCGACAACGACGACAACAACCGGGAGCUGCUCCUCCUCCCCGAUCAGCCCGACGACGACUGCCUCGCGGCGGCGACCGGCGGCAAGGUGGUGGCGUGGUGCGAUCAGGCGCGCGUGCUGUCGCACGCCGCCGUCGGGUGCUUCCUGACGCACUGCGGCUGGAACUCGGCCGUGGAGGCGCUCGCGUCCGGCGUGCCGGUCGUCACGUACCCGGCCUGGGCCGACCAGCCUACCAACGCCAAGUUCCUGGAGGACGUGUACGGCGUCGGGGUCCGGCUGCCGAAGCCAAUCGCGCGUGACGCGCUGCGCCGCUGCGUCGAGGAGGUCAUGAGCGGGCCGAAGGCUGCGGCAAUGCGGGCGACGGCCGGGAAAUGGAAGGACGAGGCCAGCGCGGCGCUGGCCACCGGCGGGUCGUCGGAAAGGGGCAUCCAAGACUUCGUCGACGCUGUGCUGUGUACUGUCGUUAAUUAGGUGUGAUGGUAAUGAGUUCUUUUUUUUUUUUUGCGAUUCGUGGAUGGUAAUGAGUAAUGACUAGUACUCCUCUACAGUACGUACGGUACAGUAAUUGUCAAUGCAGGGCGUCUUGGUUUUCAAACUGUGAUUGUUACGUACGUACUGUACUUAUA